AUGUAUCAUCCCAACCAGUCGCGCAAGGAAAUCAAUGCGCACACAGCCACUCCUGAAUAUUUCUAUGUGGACCACCGAACCGGAUUUGUGCCGCCACGGAUGCCUCUGUGCAGGCUUUCUGCUGAAUGGGAAGCAUGGGAGGUUACUUUAGAAUUUGCAAAGGCACAGAAACUCAAGACGACUGAACAGGCCUUAUCGUUGGAUCCUCAACAGAAAACAGUCGAGGAGGAGAAAGCUCGAGCAUGGAGGAAGACCGUUGAGAAGAUGCCAGUUUUAUCUGUCAAAAAUUUUAAAGGAUGCGAAAGAGAGCUGAGACGAGCACAUCUUGUCCUUGCUUUUAUGGUUCAGUUCUAUACACAUACCACUCCCUCAAGGGAGCCCAUCACCGUUCCUCGGUCGCUCACCGUCCCUCUCCUCCGAGUCUCUAGGCAACUUCAGCACGCCCCUUAUAUUACCUAUUCUGAUCACGCUCUUCAUAACUGGUCUCACAGAGAACCACGCGAAGAAGGAGCCCUUCCGACAAGCGAUAACCUCCAGACCCAGACCACGUUUACUGGUACCCCUGAUGAGAACGAGUUUCAUAUGACAGACAUUCGCAUAGAACUGAAAGGCGCCGAAGCUGUUGAGUUGAUGAGGUUAGCCAUGGAUGAGAUUGUAGGUAACGAUGAUCCGGAUGUUGGGCGAAUUACGAGGUACCUCAAAGGAGCGGCUGCUGUUAUUGAGCAGAUGAAAGAUGUUCUGAUGAGUACUAAAAAACUAGUGAGACCUGAAGUAUUCUACGAGGAAAUCAGUCCUUGGCUUACGGGGGCUGACGUUGAUCCUUACAACCGAAAAUGGGCGUGGGAAGGUAGCGAGGAAGUUGAGGGCUCGGCAGAAAUGCUGACAAAUAUCAGUGGCCCGACUGCAGCCCAGAGCCCCCUGGUCCCCACUCUAGACGCAUAUCUCGGUUUAGUGGAGGACGAGAGCAAGAGCGCUUUCCUGGAUCGCGUUCGGAUUUACAUGAAUCACAACCAUCAGGCGUUUCUUCAGCACCUUCGAUCAAAUGGUCGUCCAGUUCGUUCCUUCGUUCAGAGAAUAUCUAGGGAGCAGGGUGCGGAUUCGCCUGCUGUGGCCGCAUAUGAUGCUGCUAUCAACGCGAUGAAGGGUUUUAGAGAUGCACACCUCAUUAUCGUGACAUUGUAUGUCAUAAUUCCUGCCAGACAAGCCAAAGCGAGGGCUGGAAACUCUGGGAUGAGUGUCACUAUGUCAGCUGAACCAUCUGGUACCGACGCUGGGCCAGUGGGGAAGAUGCAAGACGAAAGGUCGGCGAAUGGUGUUCCCGGAAAAGGUGGCAGAUCAACUGGGAAGGCAGCAGCGAAAGAUAGUCAAGGGUUCCAGCUGAUGAAAUUUUUGAAGGGAUUUAGGGACCAGACAUAUCGUGGUCGUGUCGGUUAA